GAAGCGCGGCAGUGCGACGAACCGAGCCUGAGGCGAGCUCCGCGGCCGUGUGUGAGCGCGACUAAGGCGGCGGCAGCAACGGUUGCUCCUCCCGGCGGCAUCCUUGGAGCUCGGCGCGGAGCUGUUCGAGGAGGGGGCCCCGGCGCCGCCCCCGCCUCCUCCCCUCCCCUCGCCCAGCACGGGCAGCGGCGGGCGGCCGGGGCGGGCGACAUGAGCACGGCGCCCUGAGGGGCCGGUGUAGCGUGGCUCGCCCCGAGCAGUCUUCCCUGGGGACCGCGGAUCGGACUCGGCUGGGACCUGCCAUGACUCCCCUGGCUCCUCCCAUGGCAUGAGCCCGUGCUCUCCUCCCCCCGCCGCCUGCUUUUGGUCUUUCUCCGUUCCUGGACUGUCAGAUGGGAUAAAAUAUACCCGGGCGUGUGGGGCUCGGCGCUGCCGCGAGGGAAGCGGCGGAGGCAACCGGUGACGGCCGUCGGUUCGCCCGGAGUCGAAGAUGAGCUGGCGGUGGGUCCGCCAGCACCGGAACGGCGGCUCCUCCGUCCUGCUGCUGCUGUUGCUGCUGCUCUGGCACUGCCGGGUCCGGCCGGCCGGCGCCGACAACGCCAGCCAGGCGUACUACACCGCGCUCAUCAACGUGACGGUGCUGAGCCCCGAGCGGGGCGGCCCCACGCUGCUGAGGAUCGACCGCGGCCGCUACGGGCAGGAUUCCCCCAAGGUGGAGGUCAAGGGCCUGCUGGUGGCUCCCGUCCCCAUCAACGGAGUUGCAGACCGCCUGGGCUGUGACCCUCGGACACGCUUCCAAGUCCCCCCCAACACCAAGCAGUGGAUCGCUUUACUCCAGCGAGGCAACUGCACCUUUCGAGAGAAAAUACUGCGAGCAGCUUCACAUAAUGCCACAGCCGUGGUCAUUUACAACAAUAUAUCCAGUGAAGAGCCUGUCACAAUGACUCAUCAAGGAACUGGAGACAUUGUUGCUGUCAUGAUUACGGAAUCAAAGGUUAAGGAGAUCCUGAAUUACUUGGAGAAGAACAUCUCUGUCCUGAUGGCAAUAGCGGUGGGGUCCCGCGUUCCUCCCAAGAACUUCAGCCGGGGCUCUCUAGUCUUCGUGUCAAUAUCGUUCAUUGUUUUGAUGAUCAUUUCUUCGGCGUGGUUAAUCUUUUACUUCAUCCAGAAGAUCAGGUACACAAGUGCACGUGACAGAAACCAGCGUCGUCUUGGAGAUGCUGCCAAGAAAGCCAUUGGUAAACUGACAACCAGGACAGUAAAGAAGGGGGAUAAGGAAACAGACCCAGACUUUGAUCAUUGUGCUGUCUGCAUUGAGAGUUACAAGCAGAACGAUGUCGUUCGCAUUUUACCGUGCAAGCACGUGUUCCACAAAGCCUGCGUGGAUCCAUGGCUUAGUGAGCACUGCACGUGUCCAAUGUGCAAACUGAACAUUUUGAAGGCACUGGGGAUUGUGCCCAACGUGCCCUGUACAGAUAACGUAGCCUUUGACAUGGAAAGGCUGACCAGGGGCCAGCCAGCCAGCAGGCGCUCGGCACUCGGCGACUUCGCCACCGACAGCUCCCUCAGCCUGGAGCCCCUGCGCACCUCCGGGAUGUCACAGCUGCCCCAGGACGGAGAGCUGACGCCAAGGUCAGGGGAGAUCAACAUUGCUGUCACAAAAGAAUGGUUUAUUAUUGCCAGUUUUGGCCUCCUCAGUGCCCUUACACUCUGCUACAUGAUCAUCAAAGCCACAGCUAGCUUGAAUGCUAAUGAAGCAGAAUGGUAUUGAAGAAGCGCUUCCCGGCCGAUCGCCUCGGAGAGAGACACCUAUUUUUAUGCAUCAUUUAUCGAUCAUGCAGCACAAGCAAUUAUUUAGUACAUUCUAUUUUUUCAUAAAAUUUGCUGAUGCCAAAGCUUUGUAUUAAGGAAAAAAGUGAAGAAAUAAUAAUAAAAUUUAAAAAAAA